UCUCUCUACUUUUUUCUCACUCUUACUUUUUUAUAUAUUUAUUUAACACACUCAACAUCCCUUUCUUAAACUCCGUGCCGAAAAGUUUUGCCUCAACUAUGAAGAAACGGAGGGAGUACAUUAAUGUCCAAGAAGUUGAAAUCAAUGUAGUUCUGAAAUUUUCUAGGAGUAAUACACGACUGCAAGAUUUUACUUUUACAACCUAAUAUUUGACUUAUUUGUUUUUCCAGAGACCUCAGUUCACCCAUUUCCUAUCAAAUAAGAAAUAUUUUACAUAAUAUGUUAAACUAUUACUUAAUUGUGAAAUGACUUUAGGUUACUACACACAAUUUACGUUGAAGUACAUAUAAUAUUCAAAAAUCAAAUAAAAUACUACUCGUAUAUAAAUACAUCAAAUAAUGUGAUUAAUGGUUCUACAAACAUGUAAAAAUCAUAUUAAUAAUCUAUAAAUAUCAUAUUCGAUUUUAAAAUUUUAAUUUAUUUUGGAUAUUCAAGAUGUCAUACUAAAUACUAUUAUUUAUAUUUAAUAAUAGCAAUAAUAUAUGCAUUGAUACACACUCGCACAUAAAUUAGUUGAUUUGUGAAUUUUUUUUGUACGAGUUAAAUAUAAAACAAAAUGUUUUAAUUUAUUCUGUAUUAUUUCAAUAAUAUGAUCCAUUUUAUACUUUUUUUCCUUUUAUUUUAUUUUUACUAACAAGAGACAUCACUAAUUUCUUCUUACUUAUGUCUCUUGUUAGUAGAUAAAGAAGGAAGAGAAAAGUUACAAAAUGAAACCUACCAACUAAUUUCCUAUUGUAAUUAAUUUUGAACACUAGGAGUUACCUUUACUAGUGAUAAAAGUAUAAUAAGUGUUUAACUAUAAAAGUCUUAAAUUUAGGUUGAAGCAUUGAUACAUGAGUUAGUACAUUUUUUAGAGGGACUCAUGAGUUAUACUUGAUCCUCAAAUAAAUGUGGAAGAGAGUAAUUGAAAAAGUUAGAAAGUAAAAUAAAAUUAUAUGGGUGUAUUAAAGGUCAUGAAUAACGGGAGGAAUAAAUUUUUACAAUAUAAGAAUAUAUUGAUUUGUAACAAACUAAAUAUCAAAAGAGAAAAAGACAAAAUGGAGAGAGUUAGGAAAAAGGGAACGAAGAGAAAGUUGAAAAUGGCCUUUCACCGGCCUACCCCCAUUUCUCCUUUUAAACUACUCAAUCCCCCCAUUCUCGAUUCUCCAAUCCCAACACACACACCCACACAGUUUUGACAUUUACACUUUAGCUCUGGGAAACCAAUCAAAUUCCAAUUUUUCUCUCUCUAGCAUUUCAAAGAUAGAGGAAAAGAAAAAGACUUGAUUUUUACAGUUUGUGGAGUGAGAGAGAAGGGAAAUCUUGAAGCCCUUUUGUUGAAUAAGAAUGGAAGGUGGUGGUGGUGGUGGGGUGGCGGUUCUUGGGUGGAGGGGAGUGGUGGGGUGGAAUGACGAGGUUGCCCUUUUGGAGGAAGACUGUAACACUCUGAAUCUGAGGUGGUUAUGGGGUUUUCAUUGGUGAGGGGGAGAGCAAUGUGGUUUGUUCUUCUCCAUCAGAGAAAAAGGGAGAAAGAAAUGUUGCCCCCCCCCCCUUUUUUUUCCUUUUUUGUUGGUUGAAGGCAGACAGGUUGGAGCCAGGCAUAUUUUUUACAGUGUUUUUGUUCUCUAAAAUAUUGGAAAAGGAAAAAACAAGGAGACUUUUUAUAAUCAUUUGGCCUCUUUCUUCUGUAUUUUUUAUUUUUAUUUUUGCUAUUUUAAAGUUUUUUGGCUAACCUAUUAUGAGAAAAGAGUUCAUUUGGAAAUUUUAGCAUUUUGUCCUGGAGAGAGCUGAUGAGGAGAUAGGAGGUUUUGCCAAUGCAGAGGGGAAGAUAUUGGAAAUGGAGCAUUUUGGAAUUUGGUGGUAUACAUAGAUUUUGUGUAUUUAUCUUUUGUAAGUCAAGAAAAAAAAAGAUAAUUGUACUGUACUUGAAUCGAAAUUAUGAUAAUGACUAAUUGAUGAUGAUGGUAUCUAGUUUAUGCUUUUUUUUCAUUUCCCUUUUCCUAAUUCUGUUGGUUGGUUGGUUAUUUUAGCUAUAUCCUUUUUAAUAAUAUGUUUUGGGCUUUGAUUAGUGCAGUUUUCUUUUAGUUUCUCUACCUUUUUCACUUUUUGAGUAAAGAAAGGUGCUUGCUGCUUCUCCAACAGAUGUAAAUCUAAUCUUAGGUGUCAUUUGUUGUGAGAUGAUUCAUAAAAAGGCUUGAGCUUAAUCUUCAGUAUGAUAGUAUCUGAAACAAUAUGAAUUAACAAAGAUUCCUCCCUUUUCCCCUUUACUGGUGUUAUGUGAAUGAGCAAGUUUGCUGGCUUUUUUGGUAUUUGUGUUAUAGUUUCAAACAGAGGGAUUCUUUGAUUAAAGGCUUAUGAAAGCAUGUAUUCACCUUGUUUCAUUUUUCUCUGUGGUUUGACGGAUCACAGAGGAGAACGGAGCUGGUUAACAUCGUCUGUGUUUUGCUCAUGGAACAACACACGUGGUCAGUUGCCUGGGUAUUUUGAUGCCUUGUGCAGUCAUUAUUGUCGAUGAAGUCGCAGUAGGUUUAUUCGAAUUUCACAUAUUAAGUGCAAUUCAUCUGCCAACCAUAUAAUGUGACAUUUAAGUUUGAUCAGAUCACCAAUCUUGCAUAUAUCUUUGAUCAUAUGAUGUUUCAUGUUAAAUACUAUGCUCCUCAGCUUGCAUUUGAAUUCCUCGUUGUAUGAACGUCUUGAUGUCUAAGGUAAGGAACGCCUUGCUUAGCUCGUUUAGUCCAGUUUCUUCCAUUUCAAUAGCACAUGAUCCGUUGUUAUGUGGAAAUUUUGCUGCAAACAAGAUCCAAGAACAUGUUUCUUGCCCUCCUCGAAUCUUCCCUUUUCACAUAAAAUUUUUGGUAUAUUUUGAGGUGUCAAGCUAUUCGGCCGUGCUAUUUGAUGCUUUGAUUUUGGUUCUUGAAAUUCAUAUUCAUCGGUAUGGUUCCCGGCAUUCAUUGCUAAAGGUUAGCCAAACCUACUGUGAACAGUUGUGACUCUACUAACCAAAACACACACACACACACACACAAAAUGUAUAUAUGUGUGUGCAUCUAUGUAUGCAUCUUUUUGCACAUAAUGUCUCAUUAAGGAGUGUUAUGAAAGUAAGUUUUAGGUCUACAACUAAAAUUUCAGUAUGGUUGAUAUGCAAUGCAAUGCACCUGCAUUUGGUAUUAAAGUACUCCUAGUUUUUUAUUAUUUGCUGCAUUACUGUCACAUUUUAGGUGUCUUGAUCACUCAUAUUUAAUUUUUUUUGCUGUAAUUUGAAGUAAGAUUUCAGAAGCUCUGCCACAAAAAAGGACUGUAUUGAUUCUUCUGUUAUCUCCAGUUUAUUAUUCUAUGGAAUUUUUGCAGCUACAUAGACUACAGACUGAGUGGACCCGAGAAGAAGAUGAGAAGUUAUUGCAUUUGGCGAAACUGAUGCCUACCCAGUGGAGGACGAUUGCCCCUAUUGUUGGUGAGAUUGACCCCAAUCCGGAAUCGAAGCCUGCUCGUCCUGAUCCUGUAGAUAUGGAUGAAGAUGAAAAGGAGAUGCUGUCUGAAGCUCGGGAUCGGUUAGCCAACACCAGGGGUAAGAAGGCAAACAGCUUGAAGAGGCUCGGAGGCUUGCUUCAUUGCAGAAAAGAAGAGAGCUUAAAGCUGCUGGAAUUAACCUUCGCCCUAAGAAGAGAAAGAGAGGAGGAAUUGAUUACAAUGCUGAAAUUCCUUUUGAAAAGAGACCUCCACCUGGCUUUUAUGAUAUUGCUGAUGAAGAUCUGCCUGCUGAAUUAG